AAUAUUUCAUUAGGUGUAAAAAUGAUCAUGACUUACUAGAUUAUCACUGUAUAAAAAUGUGGGACGGAAUAUUUUAAAUUAUUGUAUAGUGAUGUAAAUUGGGAGAGAAGCAGAAGCGAAUACUCACAUGGUGGGGGAGGUGUAGCCACUCCAAUCAAUUUGAUAUUAGGUGCCAUUGACUACCUUUGAGAUACUGAGUGACGAUCCGCAGAAGCACAAUGGUGUAGACUACUACAGGGAAAUUCCCACAAAUCCUGUAUUGCAAUAACUUUAAGUGUGGUGCCUAAAAAGAAGUCCAGUGGAGAUGGAAGAAUAACCUCUUCUGAAGAUAUAGAAAUGGUGCAAAAUCGAAUAGAGCUGUGUCUUCGGCAUUAUAUGAGUCGGAAAGAAGCUGUGAACACUCUUUUCAUCCAGGACAAGAUAGAGCCUAGAUUUACUGCACUUGUUUGGCAGAAACUGGAAGAAGAAAAUCAGGAAUUUUUCCAGGCAUAUCACCUGAAACUGAUGGUGAAAGAACAAAUAAUGGAAUUCAAUAGGUUGCUUGCAGAACAGGUGAAGAUGACGCAUGAAUCUCCGCUUCAUCAAAAUUUGGCAUGCUGUGCUGUAGAAAAUGUUGGAUAUGCUCCAAGACCUGAGCUCAUGCAUGGGUCAAUUCCUACCAGUUUACCCAAUUCUCUCAGUAAUUGCAGGUCAGCAGUUCUUUCUUGCAUGCAAACAACGGAUGAUAUUUCUGCUCAAAGCAGGAAGAUUGAUGUUGCUCGAAAUACUUUGUUGGCCCAAUCCUCAAAUAUGGGGAUGAGACGAACAAUGGACGGGAAGAUUAUCAAGGCAGAACCGAACUAUGCUAACAAUUCUCAUUUCACUUUUGGUGCUCAUAGCAGUUUCUUGGAGUCACGUUCUGCACUGGGCGAUCCAUCUUUUCCGUCAUUUACUAGUGUGCAAUCGAAUUCACAGCUUCUCAACAGACCUCUUCCGGAUGCCGAAACCACUUCAUUUGGAUUUUUAGAGGAAAUUCCUCAAAAUUUUGGUCUCUCAGACCUGUCAACUGACUUUAAUAGUUCUGAUAUACUCGAGAGCUACUCUAGGCCUCCCUUUCUAGCAACAGACACAGGCAACUUCCUUCAUCCAAAUGAUAGGGGACAACAUCAAGGAGGCAGAGAGAGGUUAACCACUGUAUCUGACAGCUUGCAGUAUGAAGGUUUUGCUGGGGAUUGAUUCUAUUGGUAGCUUGAUCCAGCCUUACACGUUCAGGACAAUAAGCAUUGUGAAUGCAUCUGAAGUAGUUCAGGAUUUUAUACUUUCUGGUGUUGGUUGAGAUUUUCGUUCAAAAUGAUUAGUUUCACGAGAAAUGUUGUACAAAGGUGAAUGUGAUUUAGCAGGUUGAACUUUAGCAAGUGAUAGUGUAGUAUAGAUAUCAUCAAAUUGCCCAUUACAGUCUUAGUUAUGACUUGAUUAUGAGGUUUUUGCUUUCAUUGUUUUGAUGAUGAAGGUAAUGUAUAGUCAUAAAGCGCACUUACUGCAUUCUCUUAUUUGCUUCUUAUGAUGAGAAUGAAGUUUGGUCGUUGUA